AUGGAGUCCUCCUGGCUUGAGACGAACUGGGCAAGGCCCUUUCACCUGACGUUGGUGUUCUGCUUGACCCUAGGGCUGCUGCAGGCCAUCAAGCUCUACCUGCAGAGGCAGAGGCUGCUUCGGGACCUGCGUGCCUUCCCCUCGCCCCCCACUCACUGGCUCUACGGGCAUCAAAAGUUAUUUAAAGAUGAUAAAAUCGAGAACCUUCAGAAGAUUGUAGAAAAAUACCCUUGUGGGUUUCCUCGCUGGGCUGGGCCCUUUCAGCCAUUUUUCUAUAUCUAUGAUCCAGACUAUGUAAAGACAUUUCUGAGCAGAACAGAUCCCAAGUCCAACUUCCUGUAUAGGUUCAUGAUUCCAAGUGUUGGAAAAGGACUAGUGAAUUUGAGUGGACCCAGAUGGUUUCAGCACCGUCGCCUACUAACUCCUGGAUUCCAUUUUAAUACCUUGAAAUCGUUUGUUGAGGUGAUGGUUCAAUCUGUGAACAUCAUGCUGGAUAAGUGGGAGAAGAUUUGUGGCUCUCAGGAUACACUUAUGGAUAUCUAUGAGCACAUCGACUUGAUGACCCUGGACGUACUCAUGAAAUGUAUUUUCAGCUGGGAAACCAACUGCCAAACAGACGGCUCCCAUGAAGAUUAUGUAAAAGCAACAGGUGAAGGCAGCAAUAUCCUUAUGCAUCGCGUGUACAAUUUCUUCUAUCACUAUGACCUAAUUUUCAAAUUAAGCCCUCUGGGCCACCGCAUGCGGAAGAUAAACAAGAUGUUGCAUCAGUAUACAGACAGGCUAAUCAAGGAUAGAAAGAAUUCUCCCAAGGAUGAGAAUAAGCAGGCUAACACCCAGAAGAGGAAGUACCGGGACUUCCUGGAUAUUGUCCUUUCUGCUCAGGCUGAAAAUGAUAGCUUCACAGAUUUAGACGUACGGUCUGAGGUGAACACAUUCAUGUUGGCAGGGCAUGACUCUGUAUCAGCAGGCAUUUCCUGCCUCCUCUACCAGCUAGCUCGGCACCCGGAGCAUCAGGAGAGAUGCCGGGAGGAGAUCAGAGCCAUCCUGGGGGAUGGGUCUUCCAUUACCUGGGACCAACUGAGUGAGAUGUCAUACACCACAAUGUGCAUUAAGGAGUCACUCCGCUUGUCACCCCCAUCUAUGUCCAUUUCCAGAGAACUCGCCAAGCCCAUGACCUUUCCAGAUGGACGCUCUUUGCCUGCAGGGAUGACAGUGGUUCUCAGUAUCUGGGGUCUCCACCACAACCCUGCUGUCUGGGAAAACCCACAGGUCUUUGACCCCUUGAGGUUCUCCAAGGAAAAUAAUAAAAGACACUCCCAUGCCUACUUACCAUUCUCAACUGGACCAAGGAACUGCAUCGGGCAGAAUUUUGCCAUAGCUGAGAUGAAAGUGAUCACUGCCUUGAUUCUGCUCCGCUUCAAGAUGACAGCAGAGCCCACCAAGCCUCCUGUCUUCCUUCCCUAUAUUUUCAUCAAACCCAAGAAGGGGGUCUACUUGCACCUGGAGAAACUCCCCUAA